GAUCGAAAGAGGUCCCGGGCCUUCCUUACCCUGCCGUUGCAAGGCAAGCGGGCUCCCUUCUUCCUCCCUCUCCCCCGCCCUCCUGGCGCUCAAACAGUAGCAGGUUGCAAGAGCCGCAGGAGGCAAGGAGGAAGCGGUGGGGAGUUGCCCAGAGAGAGCUUGCCUCCCGGGCGUUGUCGUGCGUGGCCAUUGGCAGCAAAUAGCCGGAGGAGGCAGACGUACAAGGCGGCUGCCAAGAAGUGGAGGCCGAGACCCCAUCAGGACCCCCAUUUCGCACUCCGCAUUUUGCCGGCCGCCGCUGGCCUCGCAGCCUGUGUCCGGCCGCACUGGAGGAGGUUGAGGACUCAGGGGGCACUUCCAGCCCCAGAACCCUCCUUGACCCCAACGACCCCUGGGACGUCCCACCCCCGACCCCGGGCAUGGGCGCCAGCCCCGAGGCCCCCGCGAGCCCCUUGGAGGGCGAGACCCCGGCCCCCCGACCCAAAGCCCCGGGGCGGAGGAAGCACCGGCGGCGGCCGUCGAAGCAGAAGCGGCCCCGGCGCCCCUACCUGCAGCUGAGCUGGGCCGAGAAGCAGCAGCGGGACGAACGCCAGAGCCAGCGGGCCUCCCGCCUGCGGGCGCAGAUGUUCGCCAAGGGCCAGCCGGCGGCCCCCUGCAACACCACCCAGUUCCUCAUGGACGACCACGACCAGGAGGAGCCCGACCUGGGCGCCCCGCCGGGGCCGCCCCGGCCGGGCCCGGGCGUCGAGGAGGCCGAGGCGGGCGACAGCGACGGGGGGCGGGCGCAGGGCGAGUUCCUGCAGAGGGACUUCUCGGAGACCUACGAGAGGUACCAGGCGGAGAGCCUGCAGAACAUGAGCAAGCAGGACCUCAUCCGCGAGUACCUGGAGCUGGAGAAGCGGCUGUCGCGGGCCGAGGAGGAGAAGCGGAGGCUGCGGCGGCGCCGGGCCCGGGAGCUGGAGGCCCAGGUCCGGGGGCUGCGGGCCCAGAACCGGCGGCUCCGGGAGGAGAAGGAGGCCCGGGGCCGAGAGGCCGGGGGGCCUGGGGAUGAGGGGGCCGGCUCCUAGGGAUCCCCCUCUCUCCCACCCCGCAGCAGUGAGAGGAGCUGAAGCCUCGAGCGUGUGGGUAUCCAUCCCGCCUUCAGCCCCACACCACUCACAUUCAUAUCCUUUUAUUUAUUCACAGUAACGUCGGGCUCCCCCUCUAGACUGGAAGCUCCUUGUGGGCAGGGAACAUGUUUACCCACUCUGUUGUAUGUG